AUGGCUUCGACAGACCAAACGCCUUCAGAGGCUAUCAAUGCCACUCCCGAGGUGAAUAUCGCAAUUCGCGACAUCGGCGAUGUUGGCUCCGGCACUGAAGAGCCUCCAUCCAAAAAAGCCCGACUGGAGGAAUCCUCGAGCGCCAAUGGCGACAACUCGGAACGUCCCCUGUACACAAAGGGAACUGCCCCUGUUAAAGCCGAAUACCUCAUUAAAAACGAAUCCAAGCCCAUCGUGACGCCUCCCACCGAGCCCGGAAUUGACCUUGACGAUGCCGCCGAAGCAGCUGGCCAUGAUGAUCGCGACGGCAAGAAGCAAAACAAGAAGGAUAAGAAGAAGAACAAGAAGAAGACUGGCCAAAAUACGAACCGUAGCUUCGGUAGCUCCAAGGAUGAAAAGAACCUCUGCCCAUCCAGAACUUUCACCCCUGAGUUCUCACCGAACGAGUGCAAGUUCGAGGGUAAAUGCCGCCAUGAACACGAUCUUCGCCUUUAUCUGAGCGAACACAAGCGUGAGAACCUUACAACCAUGAAUGGACUCUGUCCCGUCUACGAGGCUAUGGGCAGGUGUACCGCUGGGUGGAAAUGUCGAUUCGUUGACUCGCACUCUACGGAGCGCGAGACCGAGGAUGGCAGGAAGGAGCUCAUACUUUUGGAAGAUGAGGAGCGCAAGGUCGCAGCCAAGCCUAAAAUAUCAUUUGCAAACGAUGAUAACCUCGUCAAUAUUAUUUCUUACGAGGACAAGAUUUCACUUGCCCGGAAGCGAGAAGUUACAACCCGCGCGAAUGCUGUAAAUGACUGGCUUAUUAAGUCUGGGCAGGAACUGGAGAAAUUCCUGCAUGGACGCCACCAGAAAGAAUCCGAGAAUGUUGAAGCGGCUAAAAGUGAUGCUGAUAAGGCUGAUGCCGAGAAGGUAGAAGAAGGAAAGGCGACAGAAGAGAAGGCGGGAGAAGAGAAGGUGGAAACUGAGAAGGUCGAAGAAGAAAAGAAAGAAGAGAAAGAAGAGCAGCGGGCAAACUUUACUGACCCGCCUUUCCUGCCCUCAGAAAAGCGUCGCAUUUAUUUUGGACCUGAGACACCCACUCUGGCGCCUCUGACGACCCAGGGAAAUCUGCCAUUCCGAAGACUUUGCACAGACCUUGGUGCCCAAUUCACAUACUCGGAAAUGGCCAUGAGUAUGCCACUUAUUCAAGGUGCCAAGUCCGAGUGGGCAUUGAUGAAGUCGCAUGAGUCGGAGAUGCUUCCUCCUUCUAUUAUCCAGGGAAAGAAUGUGGUUCAAGGUUAUGACAACUCCCAAGAUCUCAAGUUCGGAGCUCAGAUCGCUGCCAAUAAGCCAUGGCAAGCAGUCAAAGCCACUGAGCUUCUCUCAAAAUUCACACCCAAUCUACGUGUUAUUGAUUUGAACUGUGGUUGCCCUAUUGACCUUCUCUUCCGCGAGGGUGCAGGCUCUGCUCUACUAGACCACCACUCCAAGCUGGAGAAGAUCAUCCGUGGUAUGAACAUGGUUUCAGAGAAGAUCCCCAUCACUGUCAAGAUCCGCAUGGGAGUCAAGGACAACAACCCAGUUGCCUUGAAGCUUACCGAGCGUCUUAUUCUGGGUGGUCACGAAUCCCAAUACCUCAACGUUGGACCUCCUGGUGUUGCAGCAAUUACUCUUCACGGCAGAAGCAGACAGCAACGGUAUACCAAGGAAGCAGACUGGAGCUAUAUCGCCGACUGCGCUGCUCUCAUUAAGCGUAUGAAUGAGAAGACCGAUAUCGUCACUGACACGAUCCGGGAACCCGAUGCUCGAUUCCAGCCAAAUGGCGGAAAGACCUACUUUCUCGGAAACGGAGAUUGUUACUCGCAUGUUGACUACGAUAACCACAUCCAAAACGCUGGUGUGGAUUCCGUCAUGGCUGGUCGUGGUGCCUUGAUUAAGCCAUGGCUUUUCGAGGAGAUCCAGUCUGGUCAGUACCUCGACAAGUCUGCAUCCGAGCGUCUUUCGUAUAUUGAGAAGUUUGCCAAAUAUGGUCUUGAGGCUUGGGGAUCUGAUGAGUACGGUAUUGGUCAGACUCGUCGAUUCAUGCUGGAAUGGCUCAGCUUCACUUAUCGCUAUGUUCCUAUUGGAUUGCUCGAGUAUCUUCCUCCCCACAUGAACGAUAGACCCCCUGCCUUCCGUGGACGUAAUGAAAUGGAGACUCUGAUGGGAAGUGGAAACUACAAGGAUUGGAUUAAGAUCACUGAGAUGUUCCUGGGUCCUGCACACAAGGACUUCAAGUUUGAGCCUAAGCACAAGUCCAAUUCUUAUGAGGAGGCUGAAGGUUAA